AUGACUGUCUCUCCGAGCUUCUCUACCACUGAUCAAAAGGAUGAACUCGCGCUCGCAAGACUGGGGAAGAAGGCAGUGUUGAAGAGACGAUUUGGUUUUCUCUCCAUCUUAGGCUUCAGUUGCACUGUCUUGAUCACUUGGGAAGGUUCGUUAGUAUUGUUCCUCGUAGGCUUCCAGAAUGGAGGCCCUGCUGGUGUCAUCUAUGGCUACCUAGUCGUCUGGCUCGGUACUGUAUCGGUAUUCAUGGUCCUUUCUGAACUGGUCUCAAUCGCACCUACAUCUGGUGGCCAAUACCACUGGGUGUCGAUGCUUGCACCUCGGCGCUUAUCCAAGCUUCUCAGUUACAUAUCUGGAUGGCUCACACUCUGCGGAUGGCUGGCAUCUCUCGGUUCCGGUUGCUUCCUCACGGGUGGGCUGAUCCAAGGUCUCCUGAUUCUUUGUCAACCAGACACCUACAUUCCUCAGAACUGGCACGUCACAUUACUAUACUGGGCAGUCAUCCUGUUCUGCGUCUUCAUCAAUGUAGCAGCUGGUUGGCUUCUGCCUAAGUUCGAAGGAGCUUUGCUGGUCUUGCACAUCCUCGGUUUUUUCGCCAUUCUCAUUCCUCUCCUGGUUCUCGGCCCCAAGGGUGACGCCAAGGAGAUCUUCACCACUUUCGUCAACAUGGGCGGUUGGGACUCCCAGGGUCUGUCCUUCUGCAUUGGAAUGAUGGGCAGUGUGUUCGCUUUCGUUGGUGGCGAUGGCCCAAUUCAUCUAUCUGAGGAAAUCCACAACGCACAAGUAGUCGUGCCAAGGUCGAUCAUGACAGGCAUUGCCAUCAACGGAUCGCUGGGUUUCGUGAUGGUCCUUACCGUGUUGUUGCGCCUGGGUGAUAUGGACGCCGUUCUCGCGGAGAACCCCGCGUUCCCAUUCAUGGCAAUAUUCCACCAAGCAGUUCAGUCGCGAUCUGGUGCUGCCGUUCUGGCAUCUAUCGUCAUGGUCCUCACAAUCAGUGCCAACGUCGGAUUCUCAGCUUCGACUUCGCGCAUCUGCUGGGCCUUUGCAAGAGACAAAGGUCUUCCUGGGUGGCGCCACCUGAGCAAGAUCAGCGAGCGAACCUCGAUUCCAGUGACCGCCGUAGCUGUGACCAGUGUGAUCGCUUCUCUCCUGGCACUCAUUAACAUCGGAUCAACAACCGCAUUCAACGGUGUCAUCUCCGUCUCCAUCGCCGGCCUCUUCUCAUCCUACCUUCUCACCUCCUGUCUGCUUCUGUACAGGCGCUGCACCGGCGCUAUCCUCCCUAGCAGCGCAGCUUUCGACAACGGAACACCUUCUGUCACCGACGACGGCAUGGUGCGCGCAAUCUGGGGACCCUGGAGGGUACCUGGUACGCUAGGAAUUGUAAACAACGCUUUUGCUUGCGUGUAUCUUGCGUUUGUGUUCUUCUUCAGCUUUUGGCCUAGUUUUAAGGAUGUUACGGCUGCGAAUAUGAAUUGGUCGAUCCUGGUGACGGGUAGUAUUGCGCUGUUGAGCGCUGUAUACUAUCUUGCCUGGGCCAGGAAGUCGUACCGUGGUCCUGUUGUUGAGAUUAGUCCUUAA